AUGGAAGAUCGAAAUAUUGAAGGUUUUUUUGAAGUUGCUUGCAAAAAACAACCUAAAAUUGAAAUUGCUAUAUUAACCUGGAUAAUUGAUGACUGUCAACCAUUUUAUCUUUUGCAAUUUAAGACUUUUAAAUCAUUUAUGGAAGUGGCUUGUCCUGAAUUUAAUGUUCCAAGUGAUGACAAAGCACAAUGUAUAAUUAAUAAUGCAUAUGUUCAAUCUAUUGAACAACUUACAGAAUUAUUGCAAGAUACUUAUUCUGUUAAUAUUACUACAGAUUUGUGGUCUUCACAUAGUGAUGAACUAUAUAUUGGAGUUAUGGCAAGAUGGAUAGAUUCUAAAAACUGGUCACUUAAAGAAGUGUUAUUAGUUUGUGAAAAAAUUAAUGAGAGGCAUACUGACAAAAAUAUUAAAGAUGUUAUAGAGGAAGUAAUUAGACAGUUUCAACUUAACCAAAAAUUAUUCGCUGCCACUACAAAUAACGGUGCAAAUAUUGUAAAGGCUAUUUGGCUAAUGGAAAUUUCACAUGUACUAUGUGCUGCGCACACUCUUCAUCUAAGCAUAAUUAAAGGCCUUAACGCUGCUAGCAUAUUCAAAAA